UUAUAAAGCUCUGGGUUUUGUGUUCCAUGUUCCAACGGCCAUGGCGUCAAUUCGGAGCAUUCACAGAUGGGAUGUUGAUAAUCUCCUCCUCACCCCAACAUCAUCGGCCAUCCAAACGCAGCCUCCAAAGCAUGUGAUUCUUCCAAUGCCCAUUUCCAGAAGAUGCGCUAUUUUGAUUUCUGUGUUACCUUUCAGUGUCAUUUCACAACCCCAUUCAUCAGACGCCAGAGAGAGGCGCACCAAAAAGAACAUCCCUCUUGAGGACUACCUCACUAGUCCUGAUGGAUUGAAAUACUAUGAUGUUGUUGAUGGAAAUGGACCAGUAGCUGAAAAAGGUUCAUCUGUCCAGGUGCAUUUUGACUGUAUAUAUCGCAGCAUUACAGCAGUGUCAAGUCGAGAGUCAAAACUCUUGGCUGGAAAUCGAAUCAUUGCUCAGCCGUAUGUGUUCAAGGUUGGGGCCCCUCCUGGCAAAGAGCGGAAGCGUGAAUUUGUAGACAACCCGAAUGGUUUAUUUUCUGCACAAGCUGCACCUAAACCCCCACCAGCUCUGUACUCAAUUACUGAAGGGAUGAAAGUAGGGGGAAAGAGGACUGUGAUUGUUCCUCCAGAGGCUGGGUAUGGCCAAAAGGGAAUGAGUGAGAUCCCGCCAGGAGCUACUUUUGAGCUUAAUGUGGAGCUUCUGCAAGUAUUGCCACCAGAAGGAAAGUAGCAUAACUCAUGCUAUGAGGAGCUCUUGUUAAUUAAUUGAACUUCGCUUCAGUCUCUGACUCAACCCUCAGUCUAAGGUAAUGGUUUAACAGAAUGAUUCUUUGUAUGAAGUUUAGUUCUCAUGUCUCUUCAACCCAUUUCUUUCUCAGAAAAGGCUGCAUUAUCAUUUGUUCGGACUGCUGUAGAACAAAAUGUAUUAGUGCAAGUUCAUAUAAUGCCAUGUAAUAAUCCAGCAGGAGGUUUCAAAAA